AUGGGGAAUUGCGUGGCUUUAAAUUAUUCUUGUGAUCAGACAGUGAAUCAAAUCUUUAGAUGCUUAUGUGGUAAAGGUCAUAUUCGAAACCUCAAGGAAAAUCUCAGGGCUCUGAAGAGGGAGAUGGAAGAUCUCAAAGCAAUUCAACAACAGGUGAAGCACAAGGUUGAAAGAGAGGAGGCACAACAUCGACAAAGGCUUGAACCUGUCCAGGUAUGGCUUACACGUGUCCAGAGAAUCGAUACACGAGUCAUUGAUCUGCUUAGUACUAGUCCGGUUCAGCUUCAGAAGCUGUGUCUCUGCGGUUUAUGUUCGAAGAGCGUGUGUUCGAGCUACCAAUAUGGGAAAAGUGUAUUCAUGUUAUUAAAAGAGGUUAAAAUUCUCAAAUCGGAGAGUGGUUUUAAAGAGGUCUCUGAGCUGGCUCCGACAUAUGUAGUGGAAGAGAGGCCUACUCGGCCUACAGUUGGUCAUGAAACAAUUCUCGAAGAGGCAUGGAAUCGGAUAAAUGAAGAUGGGGUCGGAAUCAUGGGUCUGCACGGUAUGGGUGGUGUAGGAAAAACAACACUUUUCAAGAAAAUCCACAAUAAGUUAGCUGGAAUGGGUGGGUUUGACUUUAUGAUCUGGGUCGUGGUGUCUCAAGGCACAAAAAAUUCAAAGCUACAAGAAGAUAUUGCACAAAAGCUACACCUUUGUGGCGAUGAGUGGACGAACAAAAAUGAAAGUGACAAGGCCACUGAUAUACAUGGAGUUUUGAAGGGGAAGAGAUUUGUGCUGAUGCUGGAUGACGUAUGGGAGAAAGUGGAUUUGGAAGCCAUCGGAGUUCCCUUUCCAACUAGAGAAAAUGGAUGUAAAGUAGCUUUCACCACACGUUCUCGCAAAGUAUGUGGGCAGAUGGGGGAUCAUGAGCCGAUGCAAGUCAAGUGUUUGGAACGUAAUGAAGCAUGGGAGUUAUUUAAAAACAAAGUCGGAGACAAUAACUUAAGCGAUCAUGUCAUUGUACAGCUUGCAAGAAAGGUCGCUGAGAAAUGUCAUGGCCUGCCACUAGCGCUCAGUGUCAUUGGCGAGACAAUGGCAUCUCAAACUACGGUACAAGAAUGGGAGCAUGCGAACAAAAUUUUGGCUACAUCCGCUGCAGAGUUUUCUGACAUGGAGAAUAAAAUUCUUCCAAUUCUGAAGUACAGCUAUGAUAGCUUGGUGGAUGAAAAUAUCAAGUCAUGUUUUCUCUAUUGUGCUCUGUUUCCGGAGGAUGGUCUAAUAAAUAAAGAAGAGUUGAUGGAGUAUUGGAUAUGCGAGAGAUUUCUCGGGGAAUGCCAAGUUAUAAAAAGAGCAGAGAAUAAGGGUCAUGAGGUACUUGGUACUCUUGUCCGUGCAAAUUUACUGAUGGAAGUUAAUACAAACACAGUUGCGAUGCAUGACGUGAUUCGCGAAAUGGCUCUAUGGAUUGCAUCAUGUUUCGGAAAACAGAAAGAGACUUUUUUUGUGCAAGCAAGAGCCGGAUUACCUGAAAUGCCAAGAGUCGAGGAUUGGGGAGCUGUGAGAAGGAUGUCAUUAAUGAAUAAUGAUAUUGAAGAGAUAAAUUGGGGUUCCAAGUGUUCUGAAGUUACAACUUUGCUCCUCCAGAAUAAUGACUUAAAGAAUCUCUUACGUGAAUUCAUCCGGUCUAUGAAAAAGCUAGUUGUUUUGAAUCUAUCAGAGAAUAAAAAAUUCAGUGAACUCCCGGAGCAGAUAUCGGAGCUGGCAUCCUUGCGGUAUCUUGACUUGUCGUUUACAAGUAUAGAGAAACUGCCUGUUGGUUUCCAAAAGUUAAAAAAUCUUACUCACCUGAAUUUGACUGGUACAAAGAGACUUUCCAGUAUCAGUGGAGUAUCAAAGUUGUCAAGUUUAAGAAGUUUGAAACUACAUUUUUCUAAUGUUUAUGUAGAUGUUGACUUAGUGAAGGAGCUGCAGCUCUUGGAGCAUCUACAAGUUCUAAGCAUAACCAUAUCUACGGUGUUGGGUUUGGAGAAAUUAUCAAGAGAUCAAAGGUUGGCCAACUGCAUCGAUAUUCUCGAGAUUUGCUAUUUUCAACAAACUACCUUCAAUAUAUCAAUGCUGAUGAGAAUGGAGAAUCUUCGUGUUUUAAACGUGGUGGAAAGUAAUCAUGUAUGGGAGAUUAAUACAAAUCUGAAGUGCAAAGAAAGAGAGACGAACUCGUCUUAUUUACACAAUCCUACAAGUCCACGUCUUAUCAACCUCUGUAGUGUGCAUAUAAGUAGCUCUCAUAGCAUUAAGGAUCUGACGUGGCUAAUGUAUACUCCAAAUCUUGCCCACCUAUCCAUUAAACAUUCAGAAGAAGUGGAAGAAAUUAUAAACAAAGAAAAAGCAACCAAUCUUUCAGGUAUUUCACCAUUUCAGAAACUAGAAUGGUUAUGGUUAGAAAGUUUGUCUAAGCUGGAGAGUAUCUACUGGAGUCCUCUUCCUUUUCCAUUAUUGAGAAAGAUAGUAGCAAUAAACUGUCCAAAGCUGAAAAAGCUUCCGUUAGAUGUUACAAGUGUCCCACGACUAGUGCCACUUGGAGGAUUUAAGAUAAUAAUGGAUCCUCUACAACAGAAAAUGGAGCUUGAAUGGGAGGACGAAGAGACCAAAAGUCAUUUCUUUCCUUUCUUCGAUAGGUAA